AUGGCGAAGACUCCCCACCGUAACAUCGUCUAUUCCUCUGACUUGGAAGAUAACCCGCCGCCGCCCGCACCGAAGUCCAAGAACAAUAAGUCCCAGGCCCGUCCGCCAUCCGACGAUGAGGACGAUGACAAGGAUGUCGAGGUUGCUCCGUCCAAAGGCAAGCAACGUGCACGUGCGACCGAAGAAGUCACCACCCACGGAGCGGCACGCGCGCGCACUAAACCUCAGCGUGCAGCCACACCAUCAGGCGACGAGCAGGAGGAUGCCAACGAGCCACCGCCCGCGCAUAAGACCUUCAAGAACAAGAAUAAGGCGCGCGCUAUCUCCGGUAAUGACGAUGACAAGUCUCAGCCCACCGCCAAGUCACUCACCAAGGGCAAACAACGCGCGCGCGCGCGAUCCGACGACGAGGACGAAGACGCCGACGCCGAGGCAUCACACACUACCAAGUCGACAGCCAAGGGCAAGAAACGCAUACGCUCCCCCUCUGACGAUGACGAUGAUGAGCCACCGCCGAUGAGCGAGGCCUCCCAGAGCACUCACCACCGGCCGAAGGACGGCCGCGUCAAAGUCAAACGUCCUCACAAGCCGCACGCAAAGCGCCUCGACCUCCCCAACACCGGCGCAGCUAUGCGCAAGCUUGGCGGUCGUUUUGAGUGGCGGAACACGGAGAAUCGCCAAGCGGUGGAGUGGCUCACAAAGUUCCUGGACGAGAUCGACAGCAUCGACGAUACAAAGAUGCGACACACUCGCGAAAGGCAGAUCGCCGCGCAGUGCCUCGAGGAGUUCUCAUUUGCAGGCGAGACCGAUGGAGACAUGGAAACGCGCAUCCAUACCUUCUUCAAGAAUCGUCUUCAGCAGCGUCACAAGGCUGCAAGAGAGGGCCAGCAACCCGAAACGCCCACAAAUGAAACAGGCGUGAAUGUCAAGCACGAGGAGACUGGCGUAUCCAGCAAGAUGGAUCUUGCACCUCUCCUCAAGAGCCUGAAGGCGCGUGCACCUUCAGCGUCCAAUCUUUGGGCGGCGGAGCAUAAGGACCUCAUUGAACGACGCCGCAAGGAGCUCGGGGGCAGCAUCGGCGCGCGCCAGCAAGCAAAGGCGGAGCUGUUCCGCGCUCUCACCAUGCAGGAACAAGCGCAAUGGGCCGCCAAGGCUCAAGAGGCCAAAGACCAAUGCCUCUCUAAUCCUGACGCAUACCUCGAGAAUCAAGAAGGUUUUCCCAAUCUCCUGGCGGAACAUCUGCGUCGCUUCGUCGGUUUCGAGCCGAACCAAAUCGGGGCUGCGGUGAUGCAUCUCAGGCUGGCUUACCGCAAUGCGGCUGGCAUCAUCGAACGCGACCAGUUUACGAUACGCUUAGACGACGACAUCACGCCCUUCAGCGACUUUGAGGGUGGUCCAUCCGAAAGUGAAGUGGACAGGUGGACACGAUAUGUCGAUAUUGCACUACCACCAAACCCUAGCCGUCAAGACCCUCGGCUAGAGUACGACUCGAGUGGCCGGCCGCUUCUCCCGGAGUACGACGCCGCAUGGAAUAUGGUGCAAGCUGCGGAAGUACUCGACGCGUGGUUCCGCGCCGUUUGGUCAUAUGUCAAUCCUGAUGGAGACGGGUCUUCACUGAACUGGGGCGCGCUACGCACGGUCUACAUUCCGUCCAUCUGGCGCGACGCGGGGAUCAAAGAGCCGUCCUCCGUCCCCCUCCACUUACUCCCGGUGUUGACGAUGAAGACGGUCUUUGUAUCGCCCUCCAAACGUACGCCUACCACGUCACGACUGGUGACACCUUUCUCGCCUGCCGAAGGGAGUACUCUCAUGUGGCCUACGACAUCGUCUACGCGACACUCGCGGGCACCUUCUGUUGCGCAAAGCACUGCACCCAGCCCCAACCACCAGCAGUCGAGGCCCCGGCCAGCCAGCCAAUCUCAGACGACUGCGUCCCUCAUGGAACGGCGUUUGGAAACCAUCGCGGAAGCCGCAGAGGCGGGUGCGGCUAGUGGAGGACCGGGCUGGGUCGCCCUCCGUCUCUCUGCUGGGACGGAUCGUAGUGCGGGAAGCUCUGUAGAGGGAACCGUUGAAGCCCUCAUCGACGAACUCGAAGACGACGUUGAGGCAGCCGCAAGCCAAGGCGCGGCGGUUGAGGAGGGUGUCACAGUAUCCGCAAGCCAGGGUGCGGCGGUUGAGGAGGAUGUCACGCCAUCCAGAAGCUACGGUCCGGCGGUAGUAGAUGUGCCUCGGCAGGCCAAUCAUCAAUGUUCCGAGUCUACUUCUCCCCCGCCUCCGAGAUCCUCUCCUGCCUCGCCACCGAGGCCCGCCCUUCGCCGACUGUCAAGAGCACGACCUACCAGCCAGCCAGACAACAACACCGCCCUAAGCGAUGGCCGUCCCACGCCAGACUCGUCCCGCAGGACCGUGGCGCGCGCUGCGAGGGUAGCGCCCGAGGACGAGGAGGCCUGUGACGAACCGCCGAUGCCCACUCGCAGACAGUCGUUGAGGACUCACUCAGCCAGUGUCCCCGACGACAACGCAGAGAGUGGGGAAGACAGCCCGUCGGCGCCCGCAUCGCCCCCGAAGGACGCAUCCGAGGACGAUGAGCCGGUGGCCAGCUCCUCUCCGCCGGCAGCCUCUUCUUCGCGCAACCAGUCAUCCAAGGAGCAGCACACGAAACGCCGGCGCGCAAGCGCAGUCGAUGAAGGCCCUUCUGCGAAACGUACGAGGAAUCAACCUCCUCCCGAGGUAACGCCGCGCGAGACGCGUGGUGCACGCGCUGCAAGAGAGGCUGCGAGCAAGCCUACAACCCGAAAGCGCGCAGAGGGAAAGGCACCGGCACCGCGGAGGAAGGGUCGAUUAUGCUGUUGCGUGUCUCGAUGGCCCGGUGGUGUAUUGGCUGAUACGUAG